UGCUUAGAACAACUCGCUCAAGUCGUCAUUCGUGAAGAUAGUCCGCUCCUGCUAACUCAACCAGUAUGGCAUCCUCGAGGCCAGAUAAACCCAGAGCCUGCCUUGUCCCGAACUACUACGAAGGUUACUUAGAAAAGAUAGAGAAUAAAAGCCAGAAAUACAAGAGGUACUGGGCUGUGCUGAGAGGGAACGAGUUAUUCUUCCAGGUGACCAGCAGGGAUCCAAUGUAUAUUGAGAAAAUCAAUCUUGAAGACUUCAUGUCUGUGGAAGACGAUAAAAUCUAUAAUAAUAACCGACAACACGUCAUGAUCUUGAAGAUGAAAUCUGGAGACAUAAAGUUAAAGGCAGAUACUUUGGAGGCCCUAGAUCAAUGGAGAAGCUUCAUUCACACAGUUACAAAGCUUGAGAUUCCCAACCAGGUUCUCCUCCCUGGACAGAUUCGGAGACUUCAGGAGGUACUUGAGCAGGAGACAAAACAACGCCGAAUGUUAUGGUCCUCUCCACCACCCCUGCCACCACCACGAUCAACAACUCCAGAGCUUGAUCAAAACAACUACGAUGAUGUAGAAAACGACCGUCUGAGCUGUUUCUAUAAAGUCUCAAGGAUGGAAGCUGAGAACCUGCUGGCAAAAAACAAAGAAUUUGGAAAUAUGUUAAUGAGACCCAGCCGUGAUGACAAGAACCUAGCCAUUACAACACGACAAGUAAUCAACAACGAGGCAAUCGUAAAGCACUACUGGAUAAAUUGUUUGGACAGUGGUUACAUCAUUGACAUUGAUGAUGGAGUAAGUAAGCUUUUGAAUAAUUACUAUCUCCUUGCAAUCAUUUUGAGUCUAUAUGAUUCAGCUGAUGAUGAGACUUCCAAAAUGUUUCUGGAUCAAAGAGCAGAAGGAUGACUGCGUUUAUAGAUUGAAAUGAGGGCAGCAGUGGUAAUUUGGACUUAAAAUACCAGCAGUGCAAAGGAAGAAAAUGUCACCUGGCACUUUAAUGCCAUAAUGGUCAUCCAGUAAAAUAUGAUCUGCAGGUUGGGUAAAUUGGGAUUUGGGGAUUCUGCACCCUUUGGCUGAGUAACCUUCCGAUACGACACAUAGAAUCUCUCUCUGAGAAUAAGCACUG